AGAGCUCGCGCCUCCGGCCAAUCACGCCUGCUGUCAUUGACUCGGUCGUGCUUUAGGUCGACGUCGACGUCGGCGUCGCGUCGUUUCGCGGCCGGUCACCUCGCCAGUCUUUGCCGAGACGCCGCGCGGGUCGUAUCCGUGUUUCUUUCGAUCCUUCUCUGGGUUUUUCAUUCACGAGACGCGACGUAACGCGAGGAGCUGGUUUUGCGAUUCGGCGUUGUCGAUGUACGACGCGGAUAGCAACACGAUCGCUAAAGAAGAAAGAGAAACCGAGCAAAGAGACAAGAAAAAUUGGCAAAAGGACAAAAAGUAGCAACCGAGUGAACGAGAGUCGUGACUGCAACGCGGAACGUUGCAGUGAAUGUCGAGUGAAUGGUGACGAGAUCUUGUAGGCUGACAAGGGGAGGGCCAAACGUGUACUUACGCGAAAACCAGUUGCGUUGAGAAGGUCAGUUACUGGCUCGAUGCGGAGAAACGCUCGAUAGAACCGAUAGUUUUCACUGUGACCGUCCAGAGUAUGCAAACAGGUAGUGCGUUUUCAUUUGGAAAGAAAUACGUUUUUCGUGAUCGCACGCAUCCUUUUUCGACUCGUACGAGUCACGUUUGAAGCGUCAAAGGCCAAGGUUGCCGGUUUCGCGUAGGUUUUAGUCGACGGACAGAGACGGAAAGAGAGAGCGAGGAAGGAAGGAAGCGAGUAUCUAGCACGUGGGCGAGCACGGAAGAGUAACCGGCCUCUGCGCGUCGUCGUUGACACAAAGAGUAGAGAGAAAGUGGGAAAGUUGAAGAAGGAAUAUACAGUUGACGGCGUAAUCGAAUUUAAAUUGUACUUCCUGUCAUCGAUAAUCUGGCACCGAAGCGAUUAGUGAACAUGGAAAGGAAAUUCUUCAGAGAUAAACGGUGCAAAGCGGAUAUUGUGGUGCAAGAAAAAAAAAGAAAGAAAAAAGAAAAGAAUGGAACAAAGCGCUGCAAGGAUACCGAAGGUGUCGUUACGCUGAGAGCACUGUUGCCGGAGGGUAAUGCGCUUGGUGAGCGGAAGUGAGAAGCUCCGGGCGGCCUUUUCUUUCUUCGGCCCUUGGUCCUGUUCCGCCGGCUGUUUCCACUCGUUCUCCAACAAGUCAACCACUGCUUGGAAACAGAGGGGACGAAUACAGUUCAGGGCGUCCUUCUGGAUCUCGGAGGAGGAGGCGUCGAAGGCGUGGAAGAGCGAGCAGGGCAGAGAAACAGCAACAACAGCCAGCAGGGAGCGCCUCGUCCAGUACGGCGCUCUUCUAACGGCGACAGGAGGGAGUUAUGGUGUCUCGUACAUGCGAUGACUGUGGCUGCAGCCGUGGCACUGUGGCAUCGUGCCCACCUUUACAAGGCGAUCGCCUGCGUCGUCCUCGCUCUUAUUGCCAUUCAGUAUUUACUUAGUGGCGUGAUCGAUCGUCGCUCCAUAGAGACGAUUUUCACCAUUAACGCUACCAGGUACGCGGAUCGUACGUACAGGCAUCAUCCACGAGGGUUGAUCAUAUACGGGCCUGUAACGGUGUCGAGUAUAUUUGGUAACAACAAUGCCACCUCGGCGACCUUGUAUUGGGGCGGGAGAGAUAAUUCCAGCUUCUCCAAACUGGAAACUGACUUCUCCACUCGAGAUACGUACAUCGUUGGAAGUUCGCAGGAAUCUUUGACCACAAACUCGACGAACAGUACCGUGAUACCGCGAUGUCCGCUUAUUCCACCGAACCUUGUUGGCCCAUUGACCGUUAUCAAGUCUCCUCCGGAGUUGGCAGAGAUGGAAAAGAUGUUCACCGAGGUGAAGCCAGGAGGCAAAGGUUGUCCAGCGAAUUGUACAGCCAGACAUCGGGUAGCCAUUAUCAUUCCGUUUCGCGAUCGACCGAAACACCUUCAAGCGUUGCUUUACAAUCUUCACCCGAUGCUGCUUCGCCAACAGAUCGACUAUCAAAUAUUCGUGAUCGAACAGAAAGGUAGCGACGCCUUCAAUCGCGCGAUGCUCAUGAACGUAGGAUACGUUGAAGCCUUGAAGGAACGACCUUUCGACUGUUUCAUUUUUCACGAUGUCGACCUACUUCCCGAAGACGAUAGAAAUCUGUACACGUGCCCGGAACAACCGAGGCACAUGUCCGUUGCAGUGGACAAGUUCAAAUACAGGCUACCAUAUGCCGAUUUAUUCGGCGGCGUGUCGGCGAUGUCAUGCGAGCAAUUUCAUCUGGUAAACGGAUUCAGCAACGUGUUCUGGGGUUGGGGCGGCGAGGACGACGACAUGGCGAAUCGAAUCAAAGCGCACGGUCUUCAUAUCUCCCGAUAUCCAGCGAACGUGGCACGGUAUAAGAUGCUUACGCACAAGAAGGAGAAGGCUAAUCCGAAAAGAUACGAGUAUCUAAAGACGGGCAAGAAAAGAUUCUCCACGGACGGACUGAGCAAUCUUCAAUACGAGCUGGUCGACAAACAGAAGCCAAAGUUGUACACGUGGCUUCUGAUAAAGCUGACGCCUCCGCAACCUAGCUGAUGGCUGUCUUGGAUCGGAUAGCGACCCGAUCUGUUCGAGAUCGCUUAAAAGGAAUAUCCUUUCGAUCCAAACGCGAAGUAUCGCGGAGUAGGAAACAAGUUACGCUCCGAUGACGUGCCGCGUUCUCAACGUAGCAAGGUAAAUCUCUUAAAAACGAAAGACGGAAAAAAAGAAAAGAGGCGAAGACACUUUUUUAUUGGGUUCGAGGAACAUGGAAUAUCGAAAGAAGUCAGUGUUUCAGUCGCUUUAGGAUACCGACGAGUUGGACGAGUUGUUUCUCCCGUGAUUUUGUCAUCAGCGGCGAAUGGGAGAAACGUUGUUACGUGAUAUAUUUUUAUUCCUUGUAUUUUUUUAUCGCAACGAUAGAUUAAAGACCACGUAGAAUGUAGCGUACGAGCUAACGUGCCAAAGGAGAGUGAGAAUAUAUGUAUGCGUGUGUGUAUGCAAGUGUGUACGCGCUACGAAGGGUAAGCGAGAAGGAAAGCGAGAAAACCGCGUAAAGAGAAACAGGAGUGGCAGCUGUGCCAUCCUUUCCGGAUCCCGCUACUAUAGUUAUAUAGUACACAUAUGUGUAUAUGUACACUUUACACGUAUGUAUCGGUCUAUAUGCGUACGCGAGUACAUACGUACGAACCAUAGAAAGCUCGAGGCUUCUUCGACGGCAGGCCGAGUUUCCGGUUGUCCGCUGUGUAUCGAGGACAGCUUUGUAAACGACCUUUCAGCCAGUGUCGUAGGUGGCUUCCUUCGAGUUACAUACCUACCGUGAACACCUUCCCGCUAGUUUCCCCGCUGAAUAGGACAAACAGAUCCUUUCCUUUGUUUUCGACAUCCCGACGCAAUUUCGUUUUAAUCGUGCCUUGCGACUUCCUGUGUUACGGACCUAUUGCAUAUUGCAACUGUUGCAAACUCGAAUUUUGUCACAAGUUUUACUUCUUACUAGAAAUUCGAGAAUUUCGGCACGAUGGAAAUAAAGUCUGUGCUAUCGUCUUUACGAUUCGUACGGCUUGAUUAAGGUACUAACGAACGAUUGAUUUUCAUUCAUCGUUCGGUGUCACAGCUUACGCGAUUUCCAAAGAAAUACCAAAAUGGAAAAAAUUGUCAGAAAACUUGGAUAUAUAUGUUUUUGGUAGUUCGAAGAUAAAAAGAAGUCACGUAAACAACAGUCUCUAGCACGAACCACAGACAAAGCAUAUUUUUAUAAGAUUCAUGCGGAGCUGCGAGAUUUAAUUAUUACGUUACGCUGGUUAAUUGUGUCGCGAAAGGUUUAUUUCCGCGUUAGGAGCUUGUGUAAUCAUUUAGACGAACGUGCAACGGAAAUGGUACUUAAGCGUAUAACGUGAACUAAUGUCGGAACCCCGCGUAUUCGAGAGCACUCGUCGUUUAUAUAUACGUUUCGUCGAAAUAUGUUAAAAACCGUACACGCGUUUACAUAUACACGAUACACGCAUAAACACACAUUUGCUGCGAUACCGCCAAGGCAAUUCGCGCGCGCUGCUUGGAAACACGCGAUCGUGUAUGACAGAUGAAGGAAGGAAGGUAGAAAAAAUUUGAUGAAAACAUUCCAGUAAAUUUUCGUUCACCUGGAACGAAGCUGGACUGUCGCGGUUGUGUUUUUCAAACGGGGCAUGCGAGAAUAAAUGCGCGGGCGAAGAAAUCAGAAACAAAGAAAAAAAGAAGGAGAAUGAAAAAAGUUUUCGGUCGAAUCGAGACACACACAAAUACAUAUCACGUGUAACGUAAAGUACGCGGUUGGAUGGCGUCACACGACGUUCGAUCGUUUGGGUUUCGAUGCUUAAAUCGUUAAGGGUGAGAGUACGGGCUGUGAAUAAUGCACCUUCCUUGCGGCGACAAAAAUCUCGCGGAACAGAAUACGAGAACGAGCACGGUAGAAUUACGCCAAUAGGCAGACGUUUUCUGCGCGUCGCGCCGCUCGUGUUUGUAGAGUGAAACAUUGGAUACCGGGAGAACAGGUUUCGGAAUCGAACACAGGCACAUAGUCCUCUGUACGCUCGGUAUGCGCCUCGUUAAUCGUUGUUCCUACCGAUCGAAUUUCAAACGGUGUUACUCGAGAUGAGAUCGAUGUUGCUCGUUUUUCAUGGCUAUCGAGUGUCCAGAGUCCUUCCUUCUACCGUGCUCUUGACUCUUACUAUUUCGAAGAAGCUCGUUAACAUUAAACGCGAAGUUAACGUUUAAAGGAGAACGAUACACGCGAGUCGAGAUGAUUCCGCUUUAUUAUAAGGAUACUGUGUACAAGGCAUUAUCGAAUAAUCGAUAAUAGGUAACGGUAAGAGAAUAAGCAAGCGGAAGGUUGAAAGACGUCGGGAAACGUCAAUGAGUUUAACCGAUUCGUUGAAAACGAACGUCCUUUUUUAUUAUGAUUAUUAUCAUUAUUGUUACUAUUACUACGAUUCUCGCUAUUACUAUUACUAUUACUAUUUACUACUACUGUCACAACAACAACAACAACAACAACAACAACUACUACUACUACUACUACUAUGUACUGCUGUUGUUGUUGCUACCACUAUUACCACUAUUACUACUAUUACUACUACUACUACUGCGGCUGCUACCUACUGUGUACUAUUUUCUUUCUUGUUUCGAUCGUUGUUCCUUCCGAACGGUUCUCCGUUGUAACAUUAUGUUCACGCGCGUCUCGGAUGACGAUCGAGACAAGACGUUACAAGGAAAGGAAUAUUUUCGUAAAUACAUUUCAUCGACAAAUACGAAAGAAAUACAAAUUUUGUUGGUUGAACGUUUAAUCCGUACUCGGUUAUACUCGUCUCGCGCAACUUUGUAAAAGGCACGACGAUUGAAACGAAGGGAGUAGCGUAAGCAGAUUUUAGCUAUUUAUACGAGGGUAAUGAAGAAUGCAGUGUGUAAUAUACGUACGAUUAUUCGUAAUCCGUCGCUUAUAUCGAGAAUAAUUAUUAAGGUAUCAUGGUAUUAAGGUGCAUAUUCGCGAAUGAACACGGAUACGAGGACGUGGUUCGUUGGUGUUAAAUCGAAAUAGAAACGACGAAAUAAAUAAGGCGUAGGAAAAUGUAACUCGUAUCUUCGUGUACGUAAUACACGAUGUGUUUGCAGUUUAUUUGGAAGAUUAGAAUUUUUCACAAGUUACGCUCGUGAUGUAUCGAAAUAAUAAAUCCUGUUAAAGCUUCUCCUCGUAAA